GAUUACUACAGCAAUUCAGUGUAGAGUUGAAGAGCUCAUCGUCAAUAGGAAUGGCAUAAAUGUGGGUAUUAUCCCUGUUGACGUUUACACUUGUGAAUCACUGAAGUUGUUAGACAUUGAUCUUUAUGGUGGCCAGCAUCUUAAUCUUCCUCAAUUUAUAUCUUUUCCAAGACUUAAAAUACUUCAGCUAUCAGAUAUUUCGGUUUACAGGCAGCGGAAUAUCCAACAACUCUUUUCUAACGGUCCUGUUCGUGAAGAAUUGUGUUUGAAACAUUGUUUUUUGAAUCAUUUGAAUAUCAUAUCAUCUACACUGAAAUCAUUAACCUUCAUUUUUACUUUGCAUAGUAGUAUGUCGGAUAUCAAAAUCAUGAUUGAUGCACCUAAUCUAAUGUCUAUCAAAAUAUACCACGACAUUUCGUGGUGGGGAGCUUUCCAUCACUAGUGGAUGCAGAUAUAAGCCGCAUGUUUACUGAGGAAAGUGUCCAGGUUGAUGUUAUACCGAAGUUUGUAGAGAAGCUCUCUAAUGUGAACCUGUUGAAGUUAUUGGAUUUUGUCUUUGAGAAACUGGAGCUGGCAGGUGUUCUAUGUACAAGGUUUCCUACCUUCAAUUUGAUCACUUUGGAAGUGUCUUUUAUCAAGACUCAGCUAGUUAAACCAUUAUUCACCUUUCUACAGUUCUCACCAAAUUUGGAGUCACUCGUCUUCAAUGGGGUCUGUCGUGAUAAAGUUAAUGAUGAAGCUUUGACAUUAGACGGAGUGCCACGUUGCUUGUUGAUGCACCUCAAGUCCAUCAAAUUUCGAUACUAUAAUGGGCAACUGAAGGAGUUGGAUUUGGUUCAACUAUUUUUGCAGAAUGCAAGGGUUCUGCAGACGGUGAUUAUUGAAAUUUCAUCUGAUCAUUUCGUAAACUCAGACAAGAAGAAACAUACCGCAGAGGAUGUUGAAGAUUUCAAUAAGAAGAUUAUGGAACAGUUAUUGAAGUAUAAGUGGGCUUCAGCAGAUUGUGCGAUUAAGUUAUGUUCCUUUUAGAUAUCUCGAUGCUUGCUUGCUCAUCUGAAAUCUAUAGAAUGCUUAUUUCUCUGUAUUCUGCAACUUUUCUCUAGAUUUUACCUUAUUUUUAUGUUCAUUUGAAAGACGAUGUCAGACUUUUGCGGGCUGCCGUAUUAGCAGACUUUUUUCACUUUUCUAGCUUACUAGUGCAGUAGGAAUAUAUCAUUUUGUAAUUUAAUCGGAUCCCAAUUUGCGGCGAUGUUUUCUUCUUCAUCUGCUCUCAAAAACUCAUUGAUCUUCCCUUGUUCAUUUUACAAUUGUCAUUAUCCAUUUGUUUGUCUUUGUUAUCCUGAACCUUCAUCUGUAUCGGUCUUACAAAAUGGAACCCUCUCUUGUUUUCA